AUGACUGAAGCUCUAGCGCACUUGCCAAACUUUUCUCAAUUAUCUCAACGAGUGUGGCGAGUAUUAGGUCUAAAUCCCGGCAAAUUUACUCUACAAGGUACCAACACAUAUUUGUUGGGAACGGGUGCACAAAAAAUUUUGCUGGACUGUGGCGAAGGAAAGCCAGAAUAUCUGGAUCAUUUAGAAACAUCACUACAGCAGAUUCGUCCAGAUGCCUUCAUUUCUGAUAUAAUCAUCAGCCAUGGGCAUAGGGAUCACUGGGGCGGUUUAAGAGAUAUUCUCAAGUCCGAAAAGCUUAACCCUCAGAACAACCUCCAAAUUCAUAAGUUUCCAGUACCAGAUGGAUGCAAGGUACCUCAUAUGGAUCAAUUUCCUAAGGAUAUACAAGUCCAUGCUUUGGUAGAUAACCAAAUUUUCAAUACUGAUGAAGUUACUUUGAAAGUAAUCUAUACACCUGGUCAUUCGAAGGAUCAUUGCGCAUUUUGGUUGGAAGAAGAACAGAGUUUAUUCACAGCAGACUGCGUCUUGGGACAUGGUACGGCUGUAUUUGAUGAUCUUUCGGAAUAUCUCAAUGGAUUACAGCGAUUGAAAUCACUCCAUCCUAAGCAACUAUACCCUGGGCAUGGCCCAGUCAUUGAGAAUGGAGAGGAUAAAAUACAGAAGUACAUCGACCAUAGAUUAUAUCGGGAAAAGCAAGUGACAGGCUUACUGAAAGAAGAAAAUGCUCGACAAAAUGGGUUAACGCCUUUGGAAAUUGUACAAUUGCUAUAUAAGGGGUAUCCAGGGUCUCUACACUUACCAGCCGCACAUAGUAUUGUAAUGCAUUUAGUGAAACUUCAAAGGGAUGGCCAUGUUAUUGCAGCGGAGGAGCAUGAGCUAGUGACAGAGAAUAUCCAUAAGAUAGUCGAAACAAAGUGGAAAUAUAUUUUGCAGUAG